UUCCAGUCAUAGUUCUAGUCUACUAAUUAUUUAUUAAUAACAGACUAAUUAGACUCUCUCGUAAAGCUGCGAUAACUAUGGAACUGCUUAAAGAAGAGGAUGGCGAGCUUAAAAUCAUAAAGAAUAACGUUACCAUUACCAAUUUUACUUUAAAAGUAACCUGUGCAGUGAAUGUGCCUCGCUCUACUAGUGGCUAUGUGUACCAUAUCAAGACUAGCUACGGCGACGAAGGAUCAUGCUUCAUAAAUAAUAAUGAUUCACUGUCAUUGGCCACAUUUACUAAAAAAGCCAGCAGCGUUGUGCCAUCUCUUCAAUUCGUGAAAACCCGCUGCUCUGACGAGAUAUGGGGGCAGUACAUAUUUGAAGCAUGCAAGCUGUACAGAGCAAGUACAGAUUGCAGGAAGAAAACAAUGGUUACAUCGAUCGGAAAACAAGAGGGGCAUGAUAUAUGGGUUCUAGCACCAAAUGUUCACAUUGACAGCAAGGGCAACAUUGUUCCUGAGGACCAGCAUCAAUUUUAUUGGGAUGAACAAACUCAUUUUGAUUUUUGCAAAAUAAACCUACCACUUGACACAAUGGCCUUGUGGGAAUUAUUGAACUGUGUCGAAGUUGCUAUGCCUGACAACUUCAUGAGCACUUACCUAACAAUUACAUCAAGUGUGUUGGUGGGUCAUUUUGAAACAGUUAUUCGACAAUUUGGAGAGUGCCCAAUUCCUUUGUUAUGCAGCAAAACCACAGGAAAUGGAAAAAGCUCUUCAGCACAAAUGGCACUGAGUUGUUGGGGAGCUCAGGAAAUUCAUAUGAAAGGGUCUAAAUCAACUCUUUCAGCAAUAAUAAGUUGCGCUGCCGGCACUACAAUUCCUAUUGUUGUUGAUGAUGUUUCUAAUUCGCAUGCUAUGGAAGAGAUUGCAGUGCAAUUCACUGGUGGUGCAACAUACAUGACUGUUAGUGCAGGUGCUACUAAGCCAAGAACUAGUAUUAUAGCUACAUCAAACCAAUAUUUUGCUGACACUGACAGGAAUGCAGUGAGGCUCAUACAUAUACCAUUUUGGGGUAUAACUGUUGAUGAAAGUCAGAACAGAAAUGCUGUUGAAGAAGCACUACAGAUUGCAUGCAAAAAAGCAUCUGGUUGCGUUGGAUUACUUAUUUCAAUGGGAGCUUUACUUGAAAAGAAUCAAUUUUUAGAGAAGUUUCAUGAAUAUGUGAUGUUUGUAAAAGAGCAACUCCCGAAAUUAUCCUACCGUGUACAUCGUAGCUAUGCUCUUCUACUGACUAUAACUGAUGAAAUAUGUAAUGAGCUGCCAUUUGAGAUUGUAACUGUAGAUGAAGUCAAGUCUUUUUUCAUUCAUAAAUGGGCCCCAACUGUGAAUGAUAUCUUCUUAGCAAAGGCGUGUCAAUUAGAUGAAAUAUUGGAAGACAUUUUCACUCAAGUAGCUGAUAUGGAGAUUUGGGAGAUACUUCGAUUCUUACGUCCUGCUGUAGCAAAUAAAAUUUCAGGUGCUAAGUCUAUGUAUAUUUGUCUACCAAAAAUGAGAGAAUUUGUAACAGUAAACGAAUCGAAGCUCAAGAAGGAGCUCACUGCAGUUGGAGGGAAGACAGGAGCUUCGAUUCCUUUCUUAAAUGACACUGCAAUAUCUUGUAGUGUGACUACAAUAAAUGGCAAACAACGCAAAUGUUGCCAAAUACCUCAUGCUUCCAUAAGUCAUGGAAUAUUGAAGAAAUUUGUUAACCUAGAUGAGAGAAGCAAAGAGACUGCUAAUGAAUCAGAGAUUGCUAGAGUAUCUCAGAGUGCUGUACAGGAAAACGAUGAGAGAAGCAAAGAGACUGCUAAUGAAUCAGAGACUGCUAGAGUAUCUCAGAGUGCUGUACAGGAAAACGGUGAGAGAAGCAAAGAGACUACUAAUGAAUCAGAGAUUGCUAGAGUAUCUCAGAGUGUUGUACAGGAAAACGGUGAGAGAAGCAAAGAGACUACUAAUGAAUCAGAGAUUGCUAGAGUAUCUCAGAGUGCUGUACAGGAAAACGGUGAGAGAAGCAAAGAGACUACUAAUGAAUCAGAGAUUGCUAGAGUAUCUCAGAGUGCUGUACAGGAAAACGGUGAGAGAAGCAAAGAGACUGCUAAUGAAUCAAAGACUGCUAGAGUACAUGUAUCUCAGAGUGCUGUACAGGAAAAUGAUGAGAGAAGCAAAGAGACUGCUAAUGAAUCAGAGACUGCUAGAGUAUCUCAGAGUGCUGUACAGGAAAACGGUGAGAGAAGCAAAGAGACUGCUAAUGAAUCAAAGACUGCUAGAGUACAUGUAUCUCAGAGUGCUGUACAGGAAAAUGAUGAGAGAAGCAAAGAGACUGCUAAUGAAUCAGAGACUGCUAGAGUAUCUCAGAGUGCUGUACAGGAAAACGGUGAGAGAAGCAAAGAGACUGCUAAUGAAUCAAAGACUGCUAGAGUACAUGUAUCUCAGAGUGCUGUACAGGAAAAUGAUGAGAGAAGCAAAGGGACUGCUAAUGAAUCAGAGACUGCUAGAGUAUCUCAGAGUGUUGUACAGGAAAACGAGACAGGAGAGGGGAAGAAACUAAACACUGCUGGAUCAAAGAGGACUUUGAAUAAGAGUGGUCACUUUGAUGGACAUGGUGAUAAGAGACCUUUGAUAUCAACCAACGCAGCAUGCAAUGCCCUAGUGAAGCCAGUUAAAGUUACACGGACAAGACAAUCAAGCAAAGAAAUGACCCCUUUAGAUACUUGCCCCAAGGACAUCUGUUUGAUGAGAAGAAAUAAUCCAAAUUCAACAUGGGUCUUAUGUGAAAAAUGUCCUCAGUGGGUGCAUAUUCGAUGUGCUGGUAUAACAAAACACAAGGCUUCAAAGGAAGGAUUCAAAUACUUUUGUCCAAAAUGCAAACAUUAAUACUGAUUAUACAGACUAAGUACCAUAAUAAUGUAUUAUAAAGUUGGGUUUAUUAAAAUUUAAUUAUGUAUCAAUGUAUAAAGGAA